CUCAUGGCGAUGUACUCCAUCAGAAAUACAUAAUAGAUGACCAGGACGUUGACGCAGAACAGGCCCAGAUAAAACAUAAAGGGGAGGUCGUCUCACGGCGAGAGGAGGAGAGCUGCGGUUCGUAUCGUCGUCCGGCCGACUCGAGUCGCUGUUGGCACGGCUAGAAAUCUGUCUGGGUGGAUGGGGCGUCCAUUUAUGCUCGUCUCGACCCGUCAAACGAUGAUUCGAGAGGCACGCGUUGAGUGCUAACUUGUAGGUUCGGCCACCGGAGAGAACGACGGCGACACAGGUAGACUUAAGGGCGUAACGCUCAUAGCUAAGAAUAACCCGGCGGACGGUUAUUAAAAUACACAGUUAGCUUCCUCGAGGCAUUCUUGACAUUGGUCCUUCUGGUUUGCGGAAUUCACGACAUUGCCAACCGGCUGGGGCUACAAGCAGUAGCCGAGAACAAUCGCGAACACUUCUAUAAGUUAGGUUAUUUUGAUUUUUCUUGUAAACACGUAGACUUUAUGAGAAAAACACCCUCUUGUGAAUGAUUUCACAGCUAAACGUCCGCUCUUAUCAUUUUUUAGCCAACUGCAUCAAAACAGUCCUGACGACAACGCGUCAUCCGAGGCAUCGGCAGUUGAUUGGCUCGCCGCUCGGCAUGCCCUCUCGUGAUUGGUCGUGGAGAUGUCGAUCAGUUAAAUAGGGCCGUCGCGAGAACGCGUCGCCUGUUUUGCGCGUCACUACAACUCCGGAAGUGAUCGGUGUAGUUUUUUUAAUUUGCCUUGUCGAGGUUCUUGACACGGGAGAAAACACCAUCUCCCAAGACGCACCGGUCACAACCCUGUGACGUAACGACCCCGCCGCGCUGCUUACCGCCGCCCAUCACCUUCUCUUUGCUAAUAGCUAUCCGUACGGGAGAGUGGGUGUAAUGUAGAGACGUUAGCGGAAAAAUAACGCGCCUGUCAAAAUAUCAUUACACCAGUUUAAACCACGAACAUGUUUGGCCGGUCACGGAGCUGGGUUGGAGGACCGGGGAAACCCAAAAACAUCCACUCCUUGGACCAUUUGAAGUAUAUGUACCACGUCCUCACCAAAAACACCACGGUGUCGGACCACAACCGAAACCUCCUCGUGGAGACCAUCCGCUCCAUCACGGAGAUCCUCAUCUGGGGGGACCAGAACGACAGCUCUGUAUUUGAUUUCUUCCUGGAGAAGAACAUGUUUGCCUUCUUCCUGAACAUCCUGCGCCAGAAGUCGGGGCGCUACGUGUGCAUCCAGCUCCUCCAGACGCUCAACAUCCUGUUCGAGAACAUCAGCCACGAGACUUCCCUUUAUUACCUUCUGUCAAACAACCACGUGAACUCCAUCCUCGUCCACAAGUUUGACUUCUCGGACGAGGAGAUCAUGGCCUACUACAUCUCCUUCCUCAAGACGCUGUCACUCAAACUCAACAGCCACACCGUGCACUUCUUCUACAAUGAGCACACCAAUGACUUUGCCCUGUACACCGAGGCCAUCAAGUUUUUCAACCACUCUGAGAGCAUGGUUCGCAUCGCGGUCCGGACCAUCACCCUCAACGUCUACAAAGUGGACAAUCAGCACAUGCUGCACUACAUCCGAGAUAAGACGGCGGUCCCGUACUUCAGCAACCUGGUCUGGUUCAUCGGCAGCCACGUCCUGGAGCUGGACAAGUGUGUGCAGACCGAUGAACAACACAAGAACCGAGGGAAGCUGAAUGACCUGGUGGCCGAGCACCUCGACCACCUGCACUACCUGAACGACAUUCUCAUCAUCAACUGUGAAUUCCUGAACGACGUUUUGACCGACCACCUCCUCAACCGCCUGUUCCUGCCCCUCUACGUCUACUCGCUGGUUCUCUCCGAGACGUCUGAAGAGCGAAAGAUAAACCCUCAGGUGUCCCUCUACCUGCUGUCUCAAGUGUUUCUGAUCAUCCACUACCAGCCGAUGGUCAACUCGCUGGCCGAGGUCAUUCUCAACGGAGACCUGUCGGUCUUCACCCCACAGACGGUCAGCACACUCAAGAAUACGGCCAGUGCAGGAGGUGUGCGUCGCUUCACCAAGCCCCCCGAAUCUCUGGAGCGCUCCCUGGAGCUCUCCCGCCACCACGGCCGCAAGAGGACUCAGAAGAGGCCGAACUACAAGAACCUGGGCGAGGAGGAGGAGGACGACGACGAAAGGACUGGAGGAGGAGGAGUAGAGGAGGGCUGGGACGACGACGCCAGAGGAGGAGAAGGGGAGGGAGGCCGAGAGAGGGAGAAGGGAAAAGAGAUAGAGAUGGUGGUGAUGGAGAAGUGUAAAGUGUCGGAGCUGACGGAGCAGAACAUCACCGAUGAGGAGAAGACCGCCGCCGCCCGCACCCACACACAGAGGCCGUUCUUGGACAUGGUGUACAGCGCCCUCGACUGUAACCACGACGACUACCACGCCCUGUUUGUCCUCUGCCUGCUUUACGCCGUCUCUCACAGCAGAGGUAUAAACCGAGAUCUUCUGGAGCGUCUGCAGCUGCCGGUUCCCGACCAGGAGAAGAGUUCCUACAGCCUGGUGCUGGUGGAGCGACUCAUCAGAGUCAUCAGUCGGGCAUCACAGCCAGACGGUAAAGUGCGUCUUGCCACUCUGGAGCUGAGCUGCCUCUUAUUGAAGCAGUCGGUUCUGUCUGGAAACCAGUGCAUCAUCAAAGACGUCCAUCUGGCCUGCCUGGAGGGUGGUCGAGAGGACAGUCUGCAUUUACUGCGGAAAUUCUACAAGGGCGAGGACAUCUUCCUGGACAUGUUUGAAGAUGAAUACCGGAGCUUGACGAGUAAACCGCUGAACGUGGAGUAUCUCAUGAUGGACGCCUCGGUGCUGCUGCCGCCCACCGGCACCCCCCUGACGGGCAUCGACUUCAUGAAGCGGCUCCCCUGUGGAGACGUGGAGAAGACGCGCCGGGCGAUCCGUGUGUUCUUCAUGUUGCGGUCGCUGUCUCUUCAGCUGCAGAGGGAACCCGAGACGCAGCUGCCUCUGACCAGAUCUGAAGACCUGAUCAAGACGGACGACGUCCUGGACCUUAACAACAGCGACCUCAUCGCCUGCAUGGUGGUCAGUAAAGACGGCGGCCAGGCCCAGAGGUUCCUCGCUGUGGACGUGUACCAGAUGAGUCUGGUGGAGCCGGAGACCAAGCGCCUCGGGUGGGGAGUGGUCAAGUUCGCCGGCCUCCUGCAAGACAUGCAGGUGUCCGGCGUCGAGGACGACAGCCGCGCGCUGAACAUCGUCAUCCACAAGCCCGGCUCCAACCCGCACGCCAAGCCCCUCCCCAUCCUGCAGGCCAACUUCAUCUUCGCCGACCACAUCCGCUGCAUCAUCGCCAAGCAGAGGCUGGCCAAGGGCCGCAUCCAGGCCCGGCGCAUGAAGAUGCAGAGGAUCGCAGCGCUGUUGGACCUGCCCGUGCAGCCCGGUGCGUCGGAGGUGUUGGGUUUCAGCCAGACGGCCAACGCCUCGCCGGGCGCCGUGCCCUUCAGGUUCUACGAGCAGUCGAGACGGGCGCCCAACGACCCCACGGCGGCCCGGUCGCUCUUCCCCUCCGUGGAUAAAGUACCAGGUUUUGCAGUGGCUCACUGUGUGUCGCAGCACAGUCCCUCCCCCUCGACUCCCUCCAGUGGGAGUGGGAGCACAGAACGAUGUGACUCUGUUACUGCGAGCACGGUAUCAGCUCAGAGCCCCACAGAUGACGGCACGUCUUUGGACCACGCCCCUCCCCCCCUGUCGGGCGUGGAGGGGGAGGGAGGAGGCGGUCCCUCGGUGGCGGGCCUCGCCCCGAGUCUCACGCCGGCGUCGCAGCCCAACAUCUCCCUCCUCACCGACGGCGCCGCGGAGACGCUCAGCGUGGAGUCGCUCACGCUGAUGCCGCCCGCCGACUCGCCGCACCUGCACCCCUGUGCCGGCCACGGCGCCGCCAUCGCGGAGGAGGAGGAGGAGGAGGGGGAAGGUGGAGAAAAAGAGGGACAAUGGAAAGGUGAGCAAAGGGAGGAGGAAGAAGAGGAAGAGGGGCCGCCGACGGAUGAGACGCGAAAAGAGGAGUUGGUCGCCCCCGCUGACGAGGAACCGGAGGUGAAGAGACUCUCUGCUGCAGAGCUGCUGGAAGGAGACGAAGACACGCCGGACUCGCCUGAACUGGACUGAGCCACACACACACGUUCACGAACUUCAACACACACCUCUCACACACACACACACACACUCAGAGGACACGUGUGUGUGUGUGUGUGCGUCCGGUUGUGUUUUUAGUGUCAAGACGUCGUGUAAAGACGCGCAACCAGCAACGUUUUCUACUCACGCAUGACGUCACAUGCCGCUGCCACCGGGAGCGGUUCAUCCACACUCACUUCAAUGCUCACACACACACAUAUACACACAUAUACAUACACACACACACACAUAUACACACACAUACACACACAUAUGCUAUACAUAGUCAGCUACGCUUGCCUUCUAACUGCUGCCUGUCAGACCCGUUGGCAGUAACUGCCACCUAGAACUGCCAUUGGGAUGUCUGUGUGUGUGUGUGUGUGUGUGUGUGUGUGUGUGUGUAGGGAUGUCUCUGUGUGUGUCUGUGUGUGUAGGGAUGUGUGUGUGUGUGUAGGGAUGUGUCUGUGUGUGUAGGGAUGUCUGUGGGUGGUUGUGUGUUUUCUACAUUUGGUUCAGCUCCUAUAGUUCCACGUGCAUAUCUAGACAUGUAGAUGAUAUAUAUAUAUAGACAUAUAUAUAUAUAU